CGAGGCAGCUGGUAGAGCCGAGUGUUUCCGCUCACCUCGAAUAUAAAGAGCCCGACGGACGGACGAGCCGAGGAGGACGCGGAACAACGGGAGCUACUGCUUAGAUUUUAUAUAUAUAUACAUAUAUAUACAUAUAUAUAUAUUUUAUAUAUUCUAGUUUGGGUGUCUGCCUCUUUACACGACCGUGAAUGUGUCGAAUGUGAGCGACAGCGAGGAGAGAGGCUCGCCGCUGGAAACCUUUACGUUGGUUAAGCCGUAGAGGACUCUCGCUGGUCGCCGGAGGAAAAGAUGUGCGAUGGAAUGGUAGCGUUUCAGACGAGAGCCCCGUCCGCCGCCUCCUCUCGAGCCCACAGGCUGGCUGCCUCCGCACUUCUCCUCCUCUUCACCCUGCUCCCUCAUGGUCACGCAUCAGGUUGUGCGCGGCCGCCCGGCGUGCAGCACGGAGACCUGCUGAACCAGACCGAAGCCAACCGGGGGUCCUUUCCCCCCGGCACCUUGCUGACCUAUGGCUGUGAACCCGGCUACACCGCAGAUGGACCCACCACCAUCAUUUGUACCAGUUCAGGAGCCUGGUCCCAUCAGCUGCCGCGCUGCUUGAGAAGCAACGUGUGCUCACCCCCGACCGAACCAGAGAACGGUGGCUACCGCUGUCACCCGUCUCCCUGCCACCGCCUCACCCAGAAGACCGUCAUCGAGUACUUCUGCGACGAGGGCUACGCUCUGAAGGGGGACUACAAGUUCCUCACCUGCCAGAACGGCGAGUGGGACAGUUCCAUGCAGAUAAGCUGCCGACUAACGCAAGACAAAGAGCCGAGCUCGCCGCUCGGCAUACCGGCCAUGUCCAUCGUGGCGUCCACAGCUAGUUCUGUAGCACUCAUCCUGCUUUUAGUGGUGCUGUUUGUUCUCGUGCAGCCAAAACUCAAGUCCUUCCAUCACUCCAGGAGGGAGCAGGGAGUCUCCGGCCAGUCCAGUUCCAUCAUGGUGGAGGGCGUCCAGGUGACCCUUCCCUCCUACGAAGAGGCUGUAUACGGAAGCGACGGACCCUGCGCUGCUCCCGGUCCCCCUCCUUCGCCACUCCCUCCUCCAGCUCCUCCAGAGUCCCGCGUCCCCAUCGUGCUCUCCGAGGGGCUUCCUCAGGGGGCCACCGGAGGCCCAAGCUCGAGCAGAACCCGCCACCACAGAGACUUAGACUUCUGUCUCCCAUCAACCUCUUCCUCCUUGUCCUACUCUUCCCGCCGUCAUGCAGAGACGGUGCUGGUUCACCAGGCCCCCUCCUCCUCCUCAUCCUCUUCUUCAUCUUCAUGGGCUAGAGAGCACCCUGGGGGUGCAUGCGCAGGCCCCCUACCUCUACGUAGAGACUCUGAGAGCAGCGACCAGAACAGUCUGCUUUCUGUCACCUCUGCAGAUGACUUUUCUGACGAUAUUCCCCUGCUGAAGGAAGCAUGAAGCCUGCCAGGCUGCUACCGGCAUCAGCAGCAGAGACCCCUUCUUUCUCUGUCUGCCACUGCUGACCAGAACUGACUGUGGGGGACAAACCUACUUCCCCUCCCUGACUCCUCCCCCCCAUCAGCAGAGAAAAGACUGAAACUAUGCCCCUGUCCCCCCACCCAUUGCAACCUCUUCUACCAUUGCUACCCUUGCAGAGCAAAGCCAACAACCAACAACAGUCACUGUACCUUAACCCAGUGAUGGAGCACCACUGGACCCAGCUACUGGAUCAAAACGAAAGACACAUCAGAUCAACACAGUGGUUCCGGGCUCAACAUAAAUACUGUAGAUCCUAAUGUAUAUGAGUAAAACACACACCCUGAGUCAUGGUUGUGUACUAUAGGCUAUGUAUCACCGUACACUUGCCUCCUCCCAGGUGUAGUUCUAUAUAUUAACAUCGCUCGCAAAUCGAGACAUGUCGACUCUGUCUGGGAUUAUCGCAGAUAUAUAUAUAUAUAUAUAUAUAUAUAUAUAUAUAUAUAUAUAUAUAUAUAUAAAAAAUAACUUGAUAUGUUCGCUCCUGACGCCAAGGCACUUGGAAAUCAGAAAUCGUCUUCCCGCUGUACUUGAAAAAGUUGUGAGUGACGGGGCUGGGGGUUUUCACGGCCCUCUCUUGUGAAUGCUGCAUGUCGUGUUUUUUUUAAGUCACUGCUGUCAGUGCGCAGUCUGAAGAAUGAAGCAUGAAGCCUCCUCUCUCUGUAGCUAUCUGUGUUGCCCGGCUGGCGUCUAGCAUACGGAUUAGUGGGAUUUCUCUUCUGUUCGCCGGAUGUUUGUCCAGCAUCUGGAAGGUGCUGCUACCGCCCGCAUGAGUGGGAUUGAUCGGUGUUCCGGUUCCAGGACUGUGCUACGUGUCGUACUUAUGUGAGGAGACAGGAGUCACAAUUUUUGGGGGGGUCUGGAAGCUGAGGAGAGGGUCGUCUUUGAACACACGGUGACUGGGGCACAUGGCUAAACUUUAAGGUUGUUUUUGUUUCAUUUCUUUUUCCCCCUCCACUGUAUUUAUUGUUUUUUGUGUGGCUCAGUUUGCUCUGAGUUGUUGAAUCUGUGUUUGCGUGUGUGUGCUUGUGCAUCAAGACAGGAGAGGACACGUCCUCACAUGGUUCGCCCUCAACGCUGCCAUUUCCUGAUUCGCCUCUCUCUACAUAUCCGAGGCAUUGCUUAACAACGUCCCCGUGUCUGGCCAUAGGAAGUUUUCCAAUCCCAGCAUUGAAUAAGUUACAUGAACAAACCAGCAUCACUUGAGGCAACGCAUCACCUACACAAUGUGUGUAUUAUUCAUGUGCUCUCCAACUAGAAUAUUUAUCAUUUUCUGCUGAAUGGCUGGAAGUCUCCUGAGAGGAACCUGUCUCUCGCCCAACUUCAACACUGAACUGAAGACUCUCUCCACUUUUAGUGCAUUAUCGACACCACUGCAACUGGUUGCAGUGAAAUUUAAAAAGUUUGGUUACACAGCGCCCCACCACACACACACACAUACCACCCCUCUAUUGCCAAGCGCAAAAUUUAAGAGAAUCACGCUACUUUGUCAGAAAUGUUUUUUUUGCUUUGGCAGUUGCGCUGGUCACCGUGGCAACAGCAUGACUCGGAUGGAUCCUGAGAAUCACUUAUCGAGCUUAACCGCGGAGAAAAACAACAACAACAACAACAACAACCGCCGACCUGUUUGAACUUCUGUUCUCAAAUUUAUUUGGCAUUCGUUGCCGUCUGUCAUCGUCAACGGCUGCGUUAUUAAUGCAAACUAUGUUGCCUUAGUCUUGUACAUUUUCUUUUUUUUUCUAUGUAUAAUCUUAAGCCUCCACGUUGGUUGCUUUACAAUACUGCAACGUGUUCUGUUUUCCCAAUGGCCUUACUCUAUUCUUUUCUAUUCUAUGCAUAAAACUGUCUCUUGUGUAUUUAUCGACGACUUUACUUUUGUUGUGGACACGACUAAACGAAUGUCCAUCCUUCUCUAUCCUCCCCUAGCAUUUCCAGCUACUGUGAUGAUGAUGAUGAUGAUGAUGAACCUAUGAGCAUCUAUAUUUCACUUCCUUUUGCUUCUCUUUUGCUACAAGGCAUUACAAUAUUAUGGGAUUGAAAAGAAGAAGAUUAACAUUCAAGAAGCACUGUUGUACGGUGUUGCUACCCUGAAAAUACAGGUUAAACAAAGUACACAUCCUGAUUCUUAGUUUCGACGCUUUCGGCUUUGGGUUUUUUUUUUCCUUUGUACAUGGCAGUGGGUGUGAAGAUAGUAAUUUAAUAUUUGUAUAAAAUUUAAUUUAAUUUUACAGUGUGUAUAUAACUUUCUAAUUAAAGCUUUCUUUUGAAUGUG